GAUUAUUUACACCAAGAUAGAGCAUAGUGAGAGAGAAAACGUGGCCGAAAUAAGAUAGCAAUAUGUUUAUUAUUUUCGUCAAAAUCAAAACACAUUCCCGCAGCUCCCUAUUGGUGGCUUUCUACCACGUGACCUGGACGUGCGAAUGAAUUUCAUUAUGGCCGCCUUCUUUGACAGCUGAUGCUUAGGUGCAACAAGUUCAAACUCAUCGUUUUGAGUUAACCAAGUGAUUUUUGUAGUGAAAACGAGGUUGGACAAUAAUUAUUUGCUGUAUUAAGCUGAAAAAUGGUUAAUUCCUGUGUGAUAUGUAAAAAAAGCACCAGUAAAGACUGCGGGCGAUCCAUACAUCGUUCCAGUAGCACAUCUCCAGAUGAAAGGCCUGUGACUCCAGAACCAUUAGAUACUAAUAAGCUAGGUAGUGUCAGGGAAUCCUCAAAACUGAGUAAUUCUGAACUAUCCAGAACUUUAACAGCUAGUGAUUUGUCUGCUACACUGACUACUUCAGAUUUAUCUGCUACAUUGACUGCUUCAGAUUUAUCUGAUACAUUAACCGCUUCAGAUUUAUCUGCUUUUUUGACCGAUACAGAAUCCUCUGGUGCUUUGACAGUUUCAGAAUUGUCCGGUACUAUGACAGCUUCAGAAUCGUCAAGCAACUUGGUAUCCUCGGAAGUAUUAACAGUAGCACAUCCAACUACUUCUGAAGCUAAAAGUUCUGUACCAAGACCAAGAAAAAGAAAAUGUUUUGUUGGUGAUGUAAGGGAUGAAGAUUUCAGGACACCAAAACAAGGAAAAUUUGCCUUCUCCCUUGCUAAACGAAAAAUUGCAGAACAGAAAAAGAAACUGAAAGCAUUGAGGAUGAAGAACAGAAGACUGCAACAGAAAAUUUCAGAUAUUUCAGGACUACUGAAUAAUUUGAGGGAAAUGAACCUUAUAUCCGAUAAUGCUCAAGAUUAUAUAGAGGCAUCGUUACCAGGUCCUAGUAGAGAUAUGGUAAAUAGACUCAUAAGGGGAUCAAAAAAUCAGAAAUUUACACCUUCUCUACGAGCAUUUGCCCUAUCAAGGCAUCCAAAUUUGUCAUUAAGAUAUGCACACAAGCAGAAAAAACAAUAAGAUAUAUGAUUUCUAACAACCCUAAUAUUUUGAGUACAAAGUCUGAAAAUUUAAUCAAUAAGUUGAUUCAUAAUUGUAUUGUCUGUUUACCAGAUGAUGUUUUGAAUGCAUUUGGCAAUCAUGUAUUUGAUGAAGGGUUUCUAGAAAGUCAUGAAUUGCCUUUGAUAAAACUGAUAUUGAAAAGAUAUUUCACUAUAAGAAUUCACCACGAGACAAGAAAAAUGAGCGAUCAAGUGGUGAAUCGAGUAAGAAGCAUGCUCACACAUCUGAUUUUGUAUCAGAAUCAAUAAGUUUUUUUUUUAUCUUUACAAUUGUUAGUUUUAAGUUUUAGGGUGAUCAGGGUGUAUAAAACACUCUUUUUUGAUUGUGUACUUUUCGAUCCUGUUUGGAUUCAAUUACCAAGGACUAUAGCAGUAGUAGAUAUGGAUUCUUAGUUAUUUUAUUAUAAACAUUUCUGAAGAAUCGAUUAUCAGUAUAUUUUAGUUACCUAUCGUAUUUCUUCAAAUCAUUAUUGUAAAAAUCAUUUAUUUUAUGUUACAUGUUAUUUUUUAUGGAAGUUAUUAAUACAUCCUUGCUUGAUAAUCAAUCCUGAUUAUGCAGGCUUUCAAGUUUCAAUUGCUAUUCCACUAUAAAUACUGAUUCUCCGUCCAUUCCAUUGCAAAACUCACAAAAUUCCAAUCAUCUAUCUUAUAUAGUGGAACAAAACUAUACAUUCAUAAUAUCAUUUGCUCUCAAAGGUGCAGGUAAUGGAUGGACAAGGUUUCAGUAAGUAAGUAAGGCCUAUUACAGCAUUAAUGAGAACUGAUAUGAUUAUACUUCACACUUGAUGUAAAACUGACCUAUCUAAUACAUUUUCAUGUCGAACUGGAUCAAUAAAUUUAUUGUUAUUUUUGUUAUUCAA